AUGCGGGGAACCGGCGCGGUGGGGGAGGGUGGCGCCAUGGCAUACACCUUCCAGCAUCCACCGCAGACUUUUGUUCGUCCACAGUACCGGGACCCGAAUGGAUCUCGCGGGCGCAAGCAGUACGCGAAUAUCAUGCACGACCGCCGCGUGUACAGAGGAAGCACCUAUGCGGCCACACCAAUGUCCACAUAUGCCGUGGAAGAGCAGGCACGGGAAGAACGCGAACUCCUGCGGCGCAAAAAGGAGAUGGCGCAGCGUGCCGCGUCUAUUAAACGACGCAAGGAAUUGGAUACUGCCCGAAAGAAACUUGCAACACCCCCACCUGUAGCCGGUCGACAGCACAUAGAAGUGCAGACAGAGGAGUUUCUAGAGGAGCUAAAGGACGAGGUGGAGGCGGUACCGCAGGAGACGCAGACGGACCCUAUGCUGGACCGUCCAGCAACCCCCAAGUAUGUGCCCGUCAAAUCUGGACGUGACGCUGAGUCACAAAUCAACGAGGGUGACUUGUUCCACUUCGAUGACGCAGUGGACCCUAUACUUGACGUGAUGGUCGGCAAGACACUGGAGCAGGCGAUGCUGGAAGUACUUCAGGAAGAAGAGCUUGAGUUGUUGCGACAGCAGCAAUUGGAGUUUGAGCAGCGGCGCAAGGAGGAGCUUCUAGAGGCGCAGCGUCUUGAGGCUCGCGAGAAGCGGUUAUUUGAAGAAAAGGAGCGUCGUAAGAAGCAGGAGAUUGAGCGCAUCAAGCGCGAAAAGGAGACGCGUGAAAAGCUCCAGGCCAGGCAGUUUGCCAAGGUUUACCUGAUGAACCUUGAAAACCGUGUAUUUGCACGCUUGCAGGAUGAGGGGUGGUUCUGCGAUCGCGUGCUGCACGAAGUGGAGUUUGACUUCUUCCCGUGGCUAAUGGAGGAGGUAGAGCAGGUACUGGCGAAGAAGCGACGGGCCCGAGUUCUGGUGGACGAUCUCAUUCGACAGGUAGUUGCCAUGCAGCUGGAGAGCUGA